AAAACACAAGCAGUAGAGCUGCAUGUAUGUAUGUAUAAUGUAUCUAUCCUUUGCAAUCACGAAGGGACCCUUCCCUCUCUCUCUUCUCAACCCGCCAUCGAACUCAACCACCGUCACAUAAUCAUCAAUUUUCUCCCCCCUUAAACCAUAACGCAUCCAAAUAUCGAUCAAAUUCCACAUUUCAAGGUUAAGCAAAACAUACGAAUAGUUUUGGAAGAAUUAGAAAGAAAUUGAGAAAGGAAGAGAGAGUGUUACAGUGGAGGAAGUAGUGGUGAGAAAGAAAUGCCAAGUGUGGCCGUCAAGCUCUACAGCGUGUUCUUCAAGUUCCUCUUGAAGCACCGUUUGCAGAACCGGAUCCAAACCUCUUCCCAACACUCCGACUCAUUCGGUAUUACCACCCGACCCGAAGAAGUUGUAGCCGCCGCUAAUCCCUCCUUCGCCGACGGCGUCGCCACAAAAGACAUCCACAUCGACCCCUUAGCCUCUCUCUCCAUCCGAAUCUUCCUCCCCGAAUCGGCCCUCAACGCUCCCGAGUCUCGUUCCAAACCUAGGACUCGCUCCAUUCCCGAGCCUCAGCCUCGAUCCGCUCACCUCGAUUCAAUCACACGGAGGAAAAGCUAUGGUCCGCCUCUCCUGGAGGAGCGCCGGAGCAACAGCUUCGGAGGGGGCUCCGGCGUGGAGUGUUUGAACCUGAUGACGGAAGGCACGUACCUCGGCUACUCGCCGCCGUCGGUGGCGCAGGGGGAGAGGCGGAGGCUACCUGUUGUCCUGCAGUUCCACGGAGGGGGGUGGGUUAGCGGAGGUAGCGAUUCGGUGGCGAACGAUAUUUUCUGCCGGCGGAUUGCCGAGUUAUGUGAUGUGAUAGUGAUUGCAGUGGGGUACCGGCUGGCGCCGGAAAACCGGUACCCGGCGGCGUUUGAGGACGGCGUGAAGGUGCUGAAUUGGCUGGCGAAGCAGGCAAAUUUGGCCGAAUGUAGCAGGUCGAUGAGUGGUGGGAGGAGUGGUGGGCAUGGUGGUGGUAGUGGUGGUGGGGAGUUCAAGAAAUCGGAUGCUCAUAAGCAUAUUGUUGGUUCCUUUGGGGCUUCUGUGGUUGAGCCUUGGCUGGCUGCUCAUGGUGAUCCUUCAAGAUGUGUUCUUCUUGGAGCAAGUUGUGGUGCCAAUAUUGCAGACUAUGUAGCUCGUAAAGCUGUGGAAGGAGGCAAACUUCUGGACCCUGUCAAGGUGGUAGCACAGGUUCUACUGUAUCCAUUUUUCAUAGGAAGUGUUCCCACACGGUCUGAAAUAAAGUUGGCAAACUCUUACUUUUAUGACAAGGCCAUGUGUAUGCUUGCAUGGAAACUUUUCCUACCUGAGGGGGAAUUUAGUUUGGACCAUCCAUCUGCUAAUCCCCUUGUCCCGGGACGGGGUCCUCCUUUAAAAUUGAUGCCUCCGACAUUGACGGUUGUGGCCGAACAUGACUGGAUGAGGGAUCGUGCCAUUGCAUACUCAGAGGAGCUCCGAAAGGUGAACGUGGAUGCACCUGUUCUUGAGUAUAAGGAUGCGGUACAUGAAUUUGCAACACUUGAUGUCCUUCUCAAAAGCCCUCAGGCCCAGGUUUGUGCUGAAGACAUAGCCAUAUGGAUGAAGAAACAUAUUUCUCUUCGGGGUCAUGAAUUCUCAUAUUGAGUAGGAUAUAGCGGAUUCAGAUGAUGAUUAAGCUAGAAGAUAUUUACCCCACAUGGGAUCUGAGAUAUAUUAUUUGAUUGGUUUUGAUUCUUGAUAAGGUGUUUGAUGCUAAAUGGUUCCAUGUUCACCUGGCCAGUUUAUUAUUUUUUGGUUUGUAAAAUAGAGUUGGCUGAGUAGGAUUAGUUGAGCCACCAAGAUGUAUUGACUCGUACAUACUGCACUGACCAAUCUUGUGCCAUUCUUUCUGUGUAUUAUGAUGU